ACUUUUUUACGCUUUCAGUUAAUUUGCUUGUGCGCUCAACAACAAUUUGUGUUUCACUGUUUUCCCCUAUGUAGUCCUUCAGUUUUUCCUAUGUUCGCAUGAGGUUUUCAUAGAGGAAAAGGGGGGAUAUUUUUAAAAAUAUAAAAAUGUGAUUUUACAAGCACAAAGAUUGGUUGGGUGGCUUGGGGUGUGUGAAGCUCCUGGAACAUCUUGACUCCAUAUUUUGUUUUAUUUUUAAUUUGACUUGAUUCUCAGUUAAAUCUCCCUUUAAUAACUCUUAGUGAAACUAGAAAAUCCAGGUUAGUUUGAUUUGGAAAAUGAAUAUUAUUGUGUAUUUAGCAGCAUACUACACCACCUUGCCUGUUUAGCAAAACUUUUCCAAGUGAUUCUUUAGGACUAAACUGAGAGACCGUUGUAUAUUUAUCAGAGGACAGUUUUGCAAUAAUUUGUGUUUUGUCUUGUAGAGUUCCCCUACCUCCUCUGUUAUGUUUGUUUCAAACUUCAAAAUAUGUUCUAGGAUCUAGGUUAUUUUCAUAAUAUACUUAGAUCAGGGAUUGAAUAAUUAAUUUAUCCAGGACAUGGGAAGCUUAUGUAAGAGUGUAUAUGGGCAUAAGUUAUCAAUUUCUGCAGAAUUUAAUGGUUUGCUUUCAAAAAUAGUUUUUAUGUUUGAGAGAACAAUUUUCUGUGUGUGAAUUAGUACAGUAAUAUCUUCCUGAAACUGAGAGCAAAGGAGUCCAGCAUGUCUGCUGUUGCUGGUAGCUUUCCUAAGCAACUACAGAAUAAAACUAACAAGAUGCUGGUCCUUUUCAGAAUUCUGAAGAACAGCAGGGAAACUAGUAGGGAAAUUGACAGGAAUCAUGUGAGUUUCAUGCUGCUUGGCAAACCUAGAAGCAAUCACACAUGGGAGUUAUGUAUUGAGUAGGAGGAACCACGAAACAAAUUGAGGAAAAGGUAGGGGAGAAGAGAAUUCUUCUCCCCCAGCCUCUCCAAAGCAACUAGCAGGCUUAUGUAGCUAGAGAGCAGAUGUAGAAAGCUUUUUUUUUUUUUCUUCUUUUCUUUCUGUGAGGGGUGGAACUUCAGAUUAAGCAGAUAUAAUACCCUCCUCGAUCCCAGCACCUGUGCAUCUGGAAUACUUCCCAGAGGGUUUCUCCUAGACCCCUCACUGUGAGUCUCCCUCCAUCCGCGCACUCAUCUUCAGUAUCUACCUAAGUUCUUGCAUCACUGGAUGACAGUCUUGGUAACGGAAUAUCAAGAGGCCAGAUAGUUCCCCGAACUCCAGGGUCAUUGCUUCGCCAGUCCUUUACUCCACAAACACGAGGUUCCACAAAGCAGCUAGAUAUGUCUACCAUCCUGGGAACAGGCGGGAAAUCCCCUCAAUUUACGCAUACUCCUGGAUUCUUUGGCCAUCUGUCUAUGUUGGAUGACAGCAAUUGGACAGCUGCACUCACACCUCAGCAUACAGGAAUGUACACAAACCUAGACUUGUCCAAUGUGACAGAGGAUGUCACCAUGAGUGCUGUUCUGUUGCGUGAGGAUGAUCCCGGAGAAGCUGCUACUAUGAGUAUGUACUCAGAUUUUCUGCAUUCGUUUUUGAAGCACACUUCAACUACCGUUUUUGAACUUGUAGAAGAGUAUGAGAAUACUUGUAAUAAUCAGGUGAAUAUACUGGGGAAAAUAGUUUACCGAGCGACUCCUGGACAGCAGAAGUUUUCAAAGACUGCCAGUGUUCUGUGGCUUCUCAAGCAAGAGAUGGUAACCUGGAGACUACUGUCCUCACUUUACAGAGAUAGAAUACAGUCUGCCCUGGAAGAUGAAACAAUGUUUGAAAUUGCGGUUCUAAAUGCUAGUGAAAAGACGGCUGUAGGCAUCUUGUUUCAGAAAGACUCGUUGGUUCGACAAAGCCAGCUGGUGGUAGAUUGGUUAGAGAGCAUUGCCAAGGAUGAAAUUGGAGAUUUCUCUGACAACAUUGAGUUCUAUGCAAAAUCUGUAUAUUGGGAGAACACUCUACAUAUUUUGAAGCAGCGACAGUUCAGCACAUACAUUGGAAGUACUCGUCCCCUGGUAACUGAACUAGACCCAGAUGCCCCCAUAAGACAGAAAAUGCCACUCGAUGAUUUGGAUCGAGAAGAUGAUGCCAGGUUACUCAAGUACCUAUUCACUCUUAUCAGAGCUGGGAUGACUGAUGAGGCACAACGCCUGUGCAAACGAUGUGGGCAGGCCUGGAGAGCUGCAACUCUUGAAGGGUGGAAACUGUACCAUGAUCCAAACGUAAAUGGAGGAACAGAGCUGGAACCAGUGGAAGGGAAUCCAUAUAGAUGCAUUUGGAAAAUCAGUUGUUGGCGAAUGGCAGAAGAUGAGCAGUUUAAUAGAUAUGAGAGAGCAAUCUACGCAGCACUCAGUGGGAACCUCAAACAGCUUCUUCCAGUUUGUGAUACCUGGGAAGAUACAGUCUGGGCAUAUUUCCGGGUCAUGGUGGAUUCGCUGGUAGAGCAGGAAAUCCGUACAUCCGUAAUGACCACAGAGGAACUGGAAGAGCUCCCUAGAGAGUAUUUAGAAACAAACUGGACUUUAGAAAAGGUUUUUGAAGAACUCCAGGCUACAGACAAAAAGAGAGUUUUAGAGGAGAACCAAGAACACUAUCAUGUGAUUCAGAAGUUCAUUAUUUUGGGAGAUGUGGAUGACUUGAUGGAUGAAUUUAACAAAUGGCUUUCCAAAGACAGAAGUGUGCUCCCAGGGCACCUCCUUCGGUUCAUGACGCAUCUUAUUCUGUUUUUCCGCACUGUGGGACUGCAGACAAAGGAGGAAGUCUCUGUUGAAAUCUUAAAGACCUACAUUCAGCGGUUGGUAAGUGAGAAGCACACAGAUCUAAUAGCAUUUUAUGUCAGCCACUUACCUCAGGAGCUAGCUGUUGCUCAAUAUGCUGUAUUUUUGGAAGAUGUCACUGAAACUGAGCAACGUCACCACUGCCUUGAACUAGCAAAGGAAGCAGGUCUGGAUGUUGCAACCAUAACAAAAACUGUUGUUGAAAACAUUCGCAAGAAAGAUACUGGCGAAUUCACUCACCAUGACCUUGCACUAGAUACAGGCACAACAGAGGAAGAUCGCUUGAAGAUUGAUGUAAUUGACUGGCUGGUAUUUGAUCCUGCACAGCGGGCUGAAGCACUUAAGCAAAGCAAUGCUAUAAUGAGGAAGUUCUUGGCAUCCAAGAAACAUGAAGCAGCAAAAGAUGUAUUUGUGAAGAUUCCACAAGAUUCCAUAGCAGAAAUAUACAAUCAAUGGGAGGAACAAGGAAUGGAUAGUCCGCUUCCAGCUGAAGAUGACAACGCUAUAAGAGAGCAUUUAUGUAUCAGAGCAUACCUGGAAGCCCAUGAAACGUUCAAUGAGUGGUUUAAACACAUGAACUCAGCUCCACAGAAGCCUAUUUUACUGCCACAAGCAAGCUUCACUGAGAGAGUGGCCCAUGAACAUAAAGAGAAGAAGUAUGAGAUGGAUUAUGGUAUUUGGAAAGGUCUCUUGGAUGCUGUAACAGCUGAUGUGAAAGAGAAAAUGUACAAUGUCUUGCUAUUUGUUGAUGGAGGAUGGAUGGUUGAUGUCAGAGAGGAUGCUGAAGAUGACCCUGAACGAACACAUCAGAUGAUCUUGCUGCGAAAACUGUGCCUGCCUAUGAUUUGCUUUCUACUUCAUACGGUUUUACACAGCACCAGACAGUACCAGGAAUGCCUGAGACUCGCUGAUGUGGUUGCUUCAGAGCGACACAAGCUCUAUGUGGUGUUUUCUAAGGAAGAACUCAGAAAGCUGCUACAGAAGCUGAGGGAGUCUUCUCUAAUGCUUUUGGACCAGGGUCUUGAUCCUCUGGGAUAUGAAAUUCAAUCGUAGUUCUACCAUUCUAGUAUUGACAGGAACUUUUGAAUGGCACUAUGAAUGGGAAGUCUGGACAUCCUGUUCUGUUUGGAAAAAUACAUGAACUUUUGGGGUAAUAAUGUCUUUUGUAAAAUUAAACUCAUAUUUGAAUAUCUGUAAUUGAAAAAUGCUGACUAAAUACUUGAUGCAAGUUCAUAUACAGUCUUUUCUUUAAUGUUUUUCCAAUAAAAUUGCUUCAUAAGCAGAAA